AUCCAGCAGUUAUACACCUUAACUCAUGGCUGUGAAGAUGAUUUUCGAUUUCUUCUUUGUCUCAAACUACUACUAUUACUUUCUUCUCUUCGUUUCCAUACUCCUCAUCUCCAAUCUUUUCUCUAAGAAAAGCACCAAAAACAAGCCACCAACUCCUCCAGCUCUUCCCAUAAUAGGCCACCUUCACCUGAUCAACAAACCCCUAAACAAAGCUCUAAAAGGUCUUUCUGACCGUUACGGACCGGUUUUACUUCUCCGUUUCGGUUCUCAGUCUGUUCUAGCUCUUAGUUCUCCGUCAUCUGUCGAAGAAUGUCUCACGAAAAAUGACAUCAUUUUCGCUAACCGCCCUCCUGUUGUUGCUGCAAAACAUCUAGGUUACAACUACAAAACUGUCGAAUGGUCAUCGUAUGGACCAAACUGGAGAAACCUUCGUCGAGUUAUGAACAUGGAUAUUUUCUCUUCUGGUAGUCUUCAAACGACAUCUAAUAUUCGUAAUGAAGAAGUUCAAUAUAUGAUGCACCAACUUUACCAAAGAAGUUUGUCAUCCUCUUCCUCGGAUAUAUUCCAUGAGGUAGACUUGAAGUCUAUGUUUUUCGAGUUAGGGUUCAAUAUAAUCAUGAAGAUGGUAAGUGGAAAGAGGUACAAUGGAGAUAAGAAAUGGAGUUUUGAUAGUUUGGUUAGAGAGAGUUUUCUUCCUAAAACAUUGGUUCAUAUGGUUGAUUUUUUACCGGUUUUACAAUGGAUUGACUAUCAAAGUACUGAGAAGAAGUUAAAGCAAGUGAAGAAAAAUAAAGAUGCGUUUCUGGAUGAGUUGAUACAAGAGACUCUAAAAACCAGUACUAGCAAAGCAGAAACCGAGCAUAAGUCGUUGAUUGAAGUUUUCAUGUCUCUACAACAAGAUGAACCAGAAACUUACACUGACGAAGUUGUCAAAGGCAUCAUUGGGGCAAUGUUCUCUGCUGGAAUUGAAACUUCAAGAGCCACAAUGGUUGCAGCAAUAUCACUUCUAGUGAAAAACCCUGAAGCUCUGACAAAGUUAAGAGAAGAGAUAGACUUCCAUGUAGAAGAAGGCCGUUUUAUAUCGGAGUCGGAUCUUCCAAAGUUAUCGUACCUCCAAUGUGUAAUCCAAGAAUCGCUUCGACUACAUCCACCUGCACCAAUUCCAUUACCACACAUAUCAUCGCAAGAUUGUACUAUCGCUGGUUAUGACAUUCCACGAGGAACGAUGUUACUACUAAAUGCUUGGGCCAUUCAGAGAGAUACUAAAUGGUGGGAUGAACCAACUAAAUUUAAACCAGAGAGAUUUGACCGUGAAAGUGCUAUUAAGGAAGGGAAAAUGGACGGGUUUAGGUGGAUUCCGUUUGGGGCGGGUCGGAGGGGUUGUCCUGGCUCAGGGAUGGCUUUUCGAGUCACUUCCCUGGCUAUUGGUGGUCUAAUUCAGUGCUUGGAGUGGAAAAAGGUUGACCAUGAUGAUCAAAUGAUUGAGGAGGAAGGUGACGAACCUUCAUCAAGGGCUAUGUAUAGACCUCGGUUGGUUAAGAAGGAUGUUUUAUCUCAAAUUUAACUGCAACGCUUAUGGUCGUAGCGCUUGUUUUCAGCUGAAGUGGAAGUACUGAUGAGAACUUCACGUCUCGGAUAAAAAAUCAUAUGUUUAUUUGGUAAUUUUUUCUUUAGUAUUGUUUUUGUUAUUCGCUGAAUUUGAAAUACAAACGUUAAUAGAACUGUUGAACUAGA